AGCUGUCAAACGUGUUGAACGUGUCGAACUUGACAUGGAUGACAUCGGUCACAUUUUGUCCCUUGUGCUUCUCAAAAAUGGUUAAAAACAAAAUGAAAUAGGCUAAAAGUACCGGCUCCCGUCUUUUUGCUUAAUUUUGAAUUAUUAUACUUACUCGCGACAUGCAAAUUUUCUAAAAAAUAAUCGAAUUUUUGAAAAUCUAACCUCUAAUCGCAAAUGUGAAUGAUCCGUUUUCUAUUUUUUGCCUUUUUACUGUAAAGUUUUGAACAAAAAUGCUUCAAACUCUUCGAGAACGUUCGCAGAAGCGCAAAAUACUAUUGGCCCAAACGUUGGGAGUAGCAAGUGCUGUUGAACUUCGGCAGAUUUUAGGGACCGAUAUUGACAAUGUGAAAAAAAAGAAAGUCAAGGUUUCGUCGAAAAAAUCUGAGGAGGAAGUCCAACGAACGAAAGAUGAUUCUGUUCCCAGCGACGAAAUUGUUUAUAAAGAUUCAUCCACGUUUCUCAAAGGUACUCAAUCUUCGAAUCCACACAAUGAUUACUGCCAACAUUUUAUUGACACGGGCCAGAGGCCUCAGAAUUUUAUUAGGGAUGUAGGCUUAGCAGAUAGAUUUGAAGAGUAUCCCAAACUUCGGGAGUUGAUUAAAUUAAAGGAUGAUUUAAUCUCUGAAACUGCGACUCCACCGAUGUACCUGAAAACUGAUCUUUCAAAUUAUAAUUUAAAGGAUCUUAAUUGCAAGUUCGAUGUGAUUCUUAUUGAACCUCCACUUGAGGAAUAUCAGAGAACCUGUGGUGCUACGAAUGUACAACUUUGGAACUGGGACCAGAUAAUGGAACUGGAUAUUGGAGAAGUAGCAGCAACUCGAAGUUUCGUCUUCCUCUGGUGUGGCAGCAGCGACGGAUUGGACAUGGGCCGUUAUUGUCUCAGGAAAUGGGGCUUCAGACGUUGUGAGGACAUAUGCUGGAUUCGAACAAAUAUAAAUAAUCCAGGUCACAGUAAAAAUUUAGACAGUAAAGCAGCUCUGCAAAGAACGAAGGAACACUGUUUGAUGGGAAUUAAGGGAACUGUGAGGAGAUCAACUGACGGAGAUUUUAUUCACGCUAAUGUCGAUAUUGAUCUUAUUAUCUCUGAAGAACCCGAGUAUGGAUCAAUAGAAAAACCUGUAGAGAUAUUUCAUAUUAUUGAGCACUUCUGUCUCGGCAGAAGAAGACUUCAUCUAUUUGGCCGUGACAGUACAAUCAGACCGGGAUGGUUAACAGUCGGUCCAUCAUUGAUGAAUACGAAUUUCAAUUCCGAUAUGUACACUAGUUAUUUUAAUAGUGGACAAAUAACGACAGGAUGUACGGAAAGGAUCGAGGCCCUCAGACCCAAAUCUCCUCCUCCGAAGGGUAAAUCUUCGGGAAGAGGAAGAGGCGGUUUCAAUCGGGGCCGAGGACGAGGAAGAUAAUUACUAAUUUUAGAGGAAGUUUGUAUGAAUUCUAUUUUUUAAGAACCGUUAUUGUGUAUUAGAUUGUAUCUUUUUUAACUCACACAGGUUCUCGAAAUUAAAUUGUCAAAAAUUUUACUACUUUAACGUCCGGAUUAGAAAAUAUAAUAAACACAAGCG